AUGCUAGAACUAGUGAUCUCACCCAGCCUUACUGUAAACAGGGAUCGUCCUGGGAAACUGAAGCUGAACCACGCGGACGCUGAUGUCUGGACUCUGAGUAACAGAGAAGGCAGCACCACGUCAGUCCCUUCGACCACCCCCCAAUCACUUGCCCGAUCUUGCCCACGAGUCCUGCCCAGCCAGCCUCCUGUGGCCAUGGCAGCUUACGGCCAGACACAGUACAGUGCAGGCAUCCAGCAGGCUGCCCCCUACCCGGUUUACCCACCUCCCUCACAAGCCUAUGGAAUCUCCUCCUACAGCAUCAAGACAGAAGAUAGUUUGAAUCAUUCCCCAGGCCAGAGUGGAUUCCUCAGCUAUGGCUCCAGCUUCAGCACCCCAGCCACUGGACAGAGCUCGUAUGCCUACCAAAUGCACGGUACAGCCGGGAUCUACCAAGGAGCCAAUGGCCUGGCCAAUACUGCGGGCUUCGGAAGUGUGCACCAGGAGUACCCUUCGUACCCCAGCUUCCCGCAGAGCCAGUACUCGCAGUAUUACAGCUCAUCCUACAGCCCGGCCUACGUCCCAGCCUCCAGCAUCUGCCCAUCCUCUCCACUCACCACGUCUGCGUACGUGCUACAGGAGACUUCACAUGUCGCUGCCAACCCAAGUUCUGAGUCACACCCAGGUGAAUUUAACACGCACAAUGGGCCUUCCACACCAGCCAAACAAGGAGACUCAGACAGGCCGAAUCGGGCCGCCGAUGGGAAGCUCCGAGGCCGGGCCAAGCGGGGCAGUGACCCCUCCCCAGCAGGGGACAACGAGAUUGAGCGUGUGUUCGUGUGGGACUUGGAUGAGACCAUAAUUAUUUUUCACUCCUUACUCACGGGGACGUUUGCAGCCAGAUAUGGGAAGGAUACCGAGACAUCCGUGAGGAUCGGCCUGAUGAUGGAAAAAAUGAUCUUCAACUUUGCGGAUACGCAUCUCUUCUUCAAUGACCUAGAGGACUGUGACCAGAUCCAUGUUGAUGACGUUUCAUCGGAUGACAAUGGCCAGGAUUUAAGCACAUACGACUUUUCGGCUGAUGGCUUCCAAAGUUCAGCCCCAGGGGCCAGCCUCUGCCUGGGCUCUGGGGUCCAUGGUGGUGUGGACUGGAUGAGGAAACUGGCCUUCCGCUACCGGCGCGUGAAGGAGAUGUACAACACUUACAAGAACAAUGUGGGCGGCUUGAUAGGGGCUCCCAAUAGAGAGACCUGGCUGCAUCUCAGAGCCGAGCUGGAAGCACUAACUGACCUGUGGCUGACACUCUCGUUGAAGGCCCUCAACCUCAUCAAGUCCCGACCCAACUGUGUCAAUGUGCUGGUCACGACCACUCAGCUCAUCCCUGCCCUGGCCAAGGUCCUGCUGUACGGAUUGGGCUCUGUGUUCCCCAUUGAGAACAUUUACAGCGCAACCAAGACAGGCAAAGAGAGCUGUUUUGAGAGGAUAAUGCAGCGGUUUGGCCGGAAAGCAGUCUAUAUCGUGAUUGGCGAUGGGGUUGAAGAGGAACAGGGAGCAAAAAAGCACGACAUGCCUUUCUGGCGGAUAUCCUGCCACGCUGACCUGGAGGCGCUGAUUCACGCCCUGGAGAUGGAGUAUUUAUAGCAGCCCCAAGCUCGGGUCCCCAGCACCGCCCCCACCAAGGUCUGCCCUCCUGCGUCUCCCCAACCCCACCAGAUGCUGGAUGCUGGACAGGAUCUCCAUGGGCAGAGGACACUUCCAGUGACCAUCUCAGUCCCGACAAAAUCCUGUGAAAUCCGAGUUCCCAGCAGCGGCUUUGGACUAUUGGAUACGGGGGACAGGACAUUUCUAGAAGGCUCGGAGGGAACAAGGGAGCUGGUGUCUAAGUGAACCGGACUGGUUUCUCCCUUUCUAAUUUAUAGACAAUCUCAUUCCUCUGGCGUCAUGCGCGUGUUCCUCCUGCAUUGUUGGUUUUCUCAGUCAUUGGUUCGGUUCGGUGUUUCUGAGGCAUGCGGGCAGUGCACAGUUCUAAGUUCAACCUCUGCUCUGGUUGUGCUUCAGGAGACAAUCAUUCUCUGUCAUUUGUCAGAGAGGUGUAGUAGGGCUGUCAGGAGGCUGUUGCUUAUUUUGUUUGUUUGUUUUGUUUUGUUUUGUUUUGAUGGACUCAACGGCGUGUGGACAGUGCUCGUGCCUUAAGCUGCCAUCUUGUUUUCUAGGAAGAGGGAACCUUGCGAGGAUGUGGUACUUUGUGGUGGAUCAAAGGCAUUAAAUAAAAUCAGGUUUACAUUUUGAAAGGGAAA